ACUUACACAAUUCCCCAAAACCAAUUAUAUAUCCUAAAAAUUUCUCAAUUAAUUUUAGCAAACGUUGACUCAAACUCUCAACCUCCUCAGUUGAAAGUCAACCCCGACAUGACUUAUAAGCACUUAGCUUUUCUGACUUUGGUUCUUUCAUGGUUGUUAUUCAUCGCGUUGUCUCUAGAGAUUGUUGAUGGCCAAACAAUAACUACACCAUGUACGGGACCGAUGGUCACUAGUUUUACGCCUUGUAUGAAUUUCUUGACGAAUAGCAGCAGCAACGGGGCUUUACCAACCGAAGAUUGCUGUAAUGCAAUGAGGACUAUGAUGACCAAUUCCAUGAAUUGUUUUUGCCUCAUUAUCACGGGCGGCAUUCCCUUCCAAAUGCCUAUGAAUCCCAACAUGAUUAUGCCUCUUCCUAGUGCUUGUAACAUGCCUGGUGUUCCCCUCAAAUGCAAAGCUCCCAGUCCACCUGCGGUUGUUGCUCCAGGUACUCGUAACAAUGCUGGGGCUCCAAGUACUUCACCAACAGCUGCUCCUAUUAGCCCUCCUCGUAGUCCAAAAGACUCAACUGUUCCUCCGCCGUUGCCGUCGAAUUCAUCGCCACCGACCGAUGAAAUUCCAACUCUAACUCCACCAUCACCGCCGACGGAUUCUUCAACUCCGGCGACAAAUUCCGGCAGGCUAACUCCGGCGACAGCAUCUGCUGCACCUUUUUUUGGUCAUGGAAUUUCACCAUUAUUUCUGCUCGCUGCAUUUGGAGCAAUUGUUUUGAGCUUGUACUAAUAAUAAACUAUAAAUUAAAAUAUAGAUUGUGUAAAACAAUUACCAGAAUUAUUC